CAGCAACGUCAUUGUGGUGCGUCAUCACACUUCCUGUUUGCGUUCCACACAUACACUCGCGAAAAGAUGGCUGAGUUAAACAGACAACUACAAGAAUAUUUGUCUCAGUCUAAAAGCGGCGCAAAGACGAUAUCACAGUCCAGCUCCAGCACUACUAUAGACAUCGAAGAGUCCGCUUCGCCAGCAGGCAGCUGGUUCGGUAGGUGGUCCAGUCCGUUCUCGAGCAGCAGCCGCGGAACUUCAUCAGGCCAGGGAUCGAGCAGCGGCUUCUCGUGGCCAUGGUCAUCAGAACCGGACCCGUGUUUGCCGGGGAUGAGCCGAUCCCAGCGACUGAUCGCGUUCGGGACGUGCAUUUUCUUCUCGGCUCUGUGCUUCGGACUGUCGGCGCUUUACGCUCCGUUGUUGUUGCUAAAGGCGCGUAAGUUCGCCCUGCUGUGGUCUCUCGGCUCCGUGUUCGCGCUCCUCGGUGCUGCCAUUCUCCGCGGACCCAGUAAACUCAUCGCGACCCCCACACCAGGAGGCGCGGUGUAUUUGUGCUCUUUGGUGGGCACCUUGUACGCGGCCCUGAGCCUUCACAGCACCCUGCUCACCGCUCUCGGAGCCUGCCUUCAAAUCGGUGCUAUCGUGGGAUAUAUCGUGGCGUUGCUGCCCGGUGGGAGCGCUGGGAUGAGGUUUGUGGGUGGCAUGGCCGCGUCGGCUAUUAAAAGAACAGUGACUGGUAAAACAAUGCCGAUAUGAGCACUUUUAUGGACUACACAACACUACAACUGUUGACGUUCUGUGAAAAACAUUUACACUCUUUUUGAAGUGAUGGUACUUCCAAGUUGGAUUGGGAUAACUGGAUAUUUAUACAGGAGUGUACGCAGAACCCAUGGAUGGGGAUGUCCAAACUAUGUAAUUUUAACUGUGACGGGUACCACACACUGAACUUAUUGACAUUUGACUAAUACAUCAAACGCAACUUUGAACAUUGCAUUUUGUAUUAUCUUUAUCCUUGAAAAUAAAGCACCGGAAAGCCUA